UUAAAAAAUUAAAGCAGCAAGAAAAGAAACAAAUCAGCUCAAAAAAAUGUGGAGUGGAAGCCGAGCUCUGAUCCUCUGCAGACCGUCUCCGCUCGCCUUCCUUGCUCCCACGUUCAUCCCCUCCUCCACUCACUCCCGCCGCCUCCGGCUACCCCCCUGGGCUCCCUCCCGCCUCAUGGCCUCCACCUCACCCCCUUCCGUCGCCGGUAGCGACGCCAUCGAUCCUCAGAGCCACGAUAACGGUGCUCCUCCUGCUCGCUCUCCUUCCUCCUCCUCUACCUCGCCUUCCCCCUCCGCGGCCUCCGCUGUCGACUUUCUCACUCUCUGUCAUCGCCUCAAGGCGACGAAAAGAGCUGGGUGGGUUAAAAGAGAAGUUAAGGAUCCGGAGUCUAUAGCUGAUCAUAUGUACCGAAUGGGAAUUAUGGCUCUCAUUGCUUCGGAUAUGCCCGGCAUUGACCGGGACAGGUGCGUAAAAAUGGCGAUUGUGCAUGAUAUUGCCGAAGCUAUUGUUGGAGAUAUAACCCCUACCGAUGGGGUCCCAAAGCUUGAGAAGAGUCGAAGAGAGCGAGAAGCAUUGGAUCACAUGUGCAAAUUGCUUGGUGGAGGGCCAAGAGCGAAGGAACUAGAAUCAUUGUGGAUGGAAUACGAAGAGAACUCCACACCAGAGGCUAAGGUUGUUAAGGAUUUCGACAAGGUAGAGAUGAUUCUUCAAGCAUUAGAGUAUGAAACUGAGCAAGGGAAGGAUCUUGAGGAGUUUUUCCAGUCAACUGUUGGGAAGUUUCAGACGGAUGUAGGAAAAGCUUGGGCUUUGGAGAUAGCAUCGAGAAGGAAACAGAGGUAGUUUUAUCGGGAUUCCUUUUUUUUUUUUUUUUUUUUCCGCUUAUUGGCAGAACUUAGGAUUUCCUGAAGAAAUGAAGGGUGGGUUAACCUAAUCGUAACGUUGGUUUAUGUGAUUCCACAAUUUCGCCCGAAAAGUAUUUUAUCAGGCGGCUUCUUAGAGAGGGUCGAUGAGAAUCACUUGCUGUCAAACCAUCCUACUAAUUUACGGGGAGAAUAUGUCCAACUUCAUGACUUUAGUUUUCAUUCGGAACUUUC